ACUUCACAAUCAAUGCACUGACCAUGGCUAUUUAUAGUACAUACAAUGAUAUAUACAACAACCUUGUAAAAACCGAAACCUGCAUAUAUUGGUUCAACGAGGAUCCGGACGACGACAAUGGAAGAAGGCAACGAUGGUGUGUCCGCAGCAAGACAGCAUCUGGUCUUUGCAUACUACGUCAGCGGCCAUGGAUUCGGCCACGCCACUCGUGUCGUCGAGGUUGUCCGCCAUCUCAUUCUAGCCGGGCAUGAUGUCCACGUGGUCUCAGGUGCUCCUGACUUUGUAUUCACAUCUGAAAUACAGUCAACAAGAUUCUUCAUCCGCAAGGUUGUGUUGGACUGUGGAGCUGUUCAAGCAGAUGCUUUGACGGUUGAUCGUCUUGCCUCCUUGGAAAAGGUUGUGAAUUAUUCUGAGAUGGCGGUACUAUGUCGGGCAUCAAUUUUAGCAACAGAAGUUGAGUGGCUGAACUCCAUCAAGGCUGACUUAGUGGUCUCUGAUGUUGUUCCUAUUGCAUGCCGAGCAGCUUCAGAUGCCGGAAUUCGUUCUGUAUGUGUCACUAACUUCAGUUGGGAUUUUAUCUAUACAGAAUAUGUGAUGGCUGCUGGAUGUCACCAUAGUUCAAUCCUUUGGCAGAUUGCUGAAGAUUAUUCGCAUAGUGAGUUUCUAAUCCGUCUACCGGGGUAUAGCCCAAUGCCAGCAUUUCGUAAUGUUAUCGAUGUACCCCUUGUCGUAAGGAGAUUACACAAAUCCAGAGAAGAGGUGAGGAAAAAUCUUGGAGUUGGGGAUGAUGUGAAGAUAGUAAUUUUUAAUUUUGGUGGGCAGCCAGCUGGUUGGAAGUUGAAGGAGGAGUACUUACCUGCUGGUUGGUUGUGCCUGGUUUGUGGCGCUUCUGAAAAUCAGGAGAUUCCCCAUAGGUUUGUAAAGCUUGCAAAAGAUGUUUACACCCCUGACCUAAUAGCAGCUUCAGAUUGCAUGCUCGGAAAGAUUGGAUACGGCACAGUCAGCGAAGCCCUGGCAUACAAGUUGCCAUUCAUCUUCAUACGUCGAGAUCAUUUCAAUGAAGAACCAUUUUUGAGAAAGAUGCUAGAGUUCUUCCAAGGUGGUGUGGAGAUGAUUAGAAGGGAUUUGCUCUGUGGAAAUUGGACGCCCUAUCUUGAACGUGCUGUUAGCUUGAAACCAUGCUACAAAGGAGGUACCAAUGGUGGCGAGCGGGCUGCUCACAUACUGCAAGAUACAGCUAACGGAAAGAAUUAUGUGUCAGAUAAGCAAACUGGAGCAAGGAGAUUGCAGGAUGCAAUAGUUCUUGGAUAUCAGCCACAGAGAGUUCCUCAAAAUGAUAUUCUUGUUCCAGAUUGGUAUACUCCUGCAUACAAUGAACUUGGUCUUCAGAACUAAUUUGGAGGGUUCUUCACCAGGUGCUGAAAAGUAUUGAUUUCUUAGAAUUUUUUUUUGUUUUUUGGGGGUGCAAAAGCAGUGUCAUUGUAUGACAGUGUCAACAUAGAUAUAUAAAUCCCUUUUGAAACUGGUAAUCAGAAUCUUCAAUGCUGAGCCAAUGCUUAUUCUGUUAAAUCAUUUGUUCUUUCAA